UUCAACAACAUGGAAGCUAUUAACCAAACAGUCAUUUCAGAAUUCUUUCUCCUGGGACUGAGUAAUGAUCCUGCUCUACAGCCGCUCAUCUUCAGCCUUUUUUUGUCCAUGUACCUGGUCACUGUCCUGGGAAAUCUGCUCAUCAUCCUGGCUGUCAGGUCUGACUCCCAACUCCAUACUCCCAUGUAUUUCUUUCUCUCUAAUCUCUCCUUCAAUGACAUCUGUUUAACCACAACCACUGUCCCAAAGAUGCUGGUGAAUAUUCAAACACAAGAUCAGACCAUCACUUACACAAGUUGUCUCUCCCAGAUCUACUUAGUCUUGAGUUUUGGUAGUUUAGAAAACUGUCUUCUAGCAGUGAUGGCCUAUGACCGCUAUGUGGCUAUCUGUUACCCUCUGAAGUACACAAUCAUAAUGAAUUCCCAUUUCUGUAUAAUGUUGAUUCUGCUCUCUGUGUCCAGCAGCCUUGCAUAUUCUCUGUUCCACACUCUGAUGGUGUUGCGACUAGCGUUUUGCACGGACAUAAAAAUCCCCAACUUCUUCUGUGAAUUGGCUCAAAUUAUCAAACUUGCCUGUUCUGAAACCUUACUCAAUAACGUGAUGGUGUAUAUACUGUCUACUCUAUUCGCUGGUGUUCCUCUGUUUGGGAUCAUUUUGUCUUAUACUCGCAUUGUGUCCUCUAUUUUGAAAAUGUCAUCAUUAAGGGGAAAGUACAAAGCCUUUUCCACCUGUGGGUCUCACUUGUCAGUGGUGUCCUUGUUCUAUGGUACAGGUUUUGGAGUAUACAUCAGCAAUGCAGUUAUUGACUCUCCAAGGAAGACUAGGGUGGCCUCUGUGAUGUACUCUGUGGUCACUCAGAUGCUGAACCCCUUUAUUUACACUCUGAGAAAUAAGGACAUGAAGAAAGCCUUCAGGAACAUCAUUGGCAGGCGUGCAUCACCUCUAUAA